AUGAGGUAUAGGCUUUUUCCACCUUUAACAUUUUUAAGUUAUUUGAAAAAACUGCACGUAUACUAUUCUCCAGCUCGAACUGAGAAAGCGGAUGUUGCCAGGAGACUAAUUAUAUUUGCUUCAUCUCAAAAAAUUAAAGAGAGAUAUCCUUUGCUAACUGUUACAUGGGAGUUGCUAGCUUAUGAAAACCCUCCUAUGAUUGAAGUUGAAUAUUUGAAUGGGGAGAAAGAAAAAAUAAAUAUAGAAUAUUUCAGUGAUCGCCAAAAAAAGGAAAUCGUUGACAAAUGGAAAUAUACAGCAUCAUUGGAACCGUUCCCUGAAGUUCUAGCACCAACCAUUGAAAAACCCCAAAAUUCUUCUUAA